GACAGGAGAGCAGGAGAGACAAGAGGACAUCAGAAGUGUAGUAAAGCUGUAGACAAGACGGGGGAACCUCUGGAGUCAACAUCCCACCUUAAGGAACUGAAGACAACCUCUACCAUCACACACAUCGACACACACUAGCAUUUCACUCACUUGUGUGUCACACGCACCAACACACGUGCAAAACACAGGCACGCGCACGCACACACGUCCAAAACUUUGCACACCAUCGAGUGGCAACAUGUUUGAGGAGCAGGCGACCAAGGUCAAGAUCACGUCCGUGGUGAUUGUGGUGGGCAUGUCGUCGAUGCUGGCGGCGGUGGUGACCGACCACUGGGCCGUGCUCAGCCCACGGGUGGAGAAGCUCAACGCUACCUGCGAGGCGGCCCACUUUGGCCUCUGGAGGCUCUGCAAGAAGACCAUCUUUAUCGUGGAGGAGGACCCUAUGGGCAAAGGCUGCGGCCCCAUCAGCUUACCGGGAGCAAAAAACUGUUCCUACUUCAAACACUUUACCUCAGGGGAAGAAGCUGAAGUUUUUGAAGUGAAGACCCAGAAAGAGUACAACAUCUCAGCGGCAGCCAUCGCCAUCUUCAGCCUUUUCUUCAUGAUCCUGGGCACCCUCUGUGUCAUCUUCUCUUUUGGGAAAGGACGGGACUACCUGCUUCGGCCUGCUGGGAUGUUCUUCGCCUUCGCAGGUCUCUGCAUCAUCAUCUCUGUCGAGGUAAUGCGCCAAUCUGUCAAGCGCAUGAUCGACAGCGAUGAGACCAUCUGGAUUGAAUAUUACUACUCCUGGUCCUUUACCUGUGCCUGCGCCUCCUUCACCCUGCUCAUCCUCAGCGGAGGCGCCUUGCUCCUCAUCUCCAUGCCCCACAUGCCACGUAAUCCCUGGGAGACCUGCAUGGACGCUGAGCCUGACACCUUAGAUUAGUCACAGGUGAUGCAAUGUCUCAAAAUCUGGUUAAAAUGACAAAAAAUACAAGCGGUUUUGCAUCUUUUAGCCCUUUAAUUACAUGUCAUAUCCCACAUAUUUUCCAUUACAACAAGCUAUUUUCCAGAGCAUUGAAAAGUUUCUCUCUGUCUUCCAUGUCCAUUGAUUUCAGUUUAUGUUAGUAAAAUAUUAAAAUGACCCUAAAGAGAGUUGCCAUAGAUAACCAGCCACAGCAAAAAAACAUUAAAUUUCAUGACUUCUUCCUAGAGUAAAGCCAUUAGAAGCAGGAAUUGUUUUAAACACUAUCAGCCCAGUUGCCAGGAUAAAUGUUGGCAUGUUACAUUUGUACGUUUCAUACGUAACAUAUAAACAUGAUUUUUUCCUAACCAAGACCAAGUGGCUUUUGUGCCUAAAACUAACCAAAUGUCAAAGCAUGAAACUGAAAAUUGAAAUGUAAAUAAAUGCAAAGUUUCAACAUAUAAUGUACAAAUUUUACUAACCAAUGGUUUGCAGACACAUAAAAUACCAACAUUUAUUCUGGCAACUGAGUAUAAACUCUUCCUUGUUGGUGUGUGUAAAAGCUAAGGAAUGAAUAAGUUUCACCCGAGAUUUAAGAGUUAUCUGCCAAGCAGCACCUUUUUCUAAAACCCUCAUCAUCUUCUUUUUUUACCAGGUCCUGUGUGCUUAUUAAUUGUUUUGGGGGGUUGUGACAACACAUCUCAUGAAUGAAAUGCUUUUCAGCAUCUAUGUCUUAAGUUUAGGCUGUCAGAGUUUUCCACAAACACCUGAACACCCAGAGGGCCCUGCUUUUUACUGUUACUGUUUUUACUUUCAUUAAAAAACAA